GGUCGAGCCCCUGGAAUCACCCGGGUCAGCGUUCUCGAGGUGGAUAAGUUGGACAGGGGGCGGCGGUGAUGGCGCAUUUUGACACAGAAUACCAACGCCUAGAGACCUCCUACAGCGACUCACCUCCAGGGGAGGAGGACUUGUUGGUGCACGUCCCUGAGGGGAGCAAAUCGCCUUGGCACCACAUCGAAAACCUUGACCUUUUCUUCUCUAGGGUCUAUAAUCUACACCAGAAGAAUGGCUUCACUUGCAUGCUCUUCGGAGAGAUCUUUGAGCUCAUGCAGUUCCUCUUUGUGGUUGCCUUCACCACCUUCCUGGUCAGCUGUGUGGACUAUGACAUCCUAUUUGCCAACAAGAUGGUGAACCACAGCCUUCACCCCACAGAGCCUGUCAAGGUCACCCUGCCAGAUGCCUUUUUGCCUGCUCAAGUCUGUAGUGCCAGGAUUCAAGAAAAUGGCUCCCUCAUUACCAUCCUGGUGAUCGCUGCUGUCUUCUGGGUCCACCGGCUUAUCAAGUUCAUCUACAACAUCUGCUGCUACUGGGAAAUUCACUCCUUCUACCUGCACGCUCUGCGCAUCCCUAUGUCUGCCCUCCCAUACUGCACGUGGCAGGAAGUCCAGGCCCGGAUUGUGCAGACCCAGAAAGAGCACCAGAUCUGCAUCCACAAGCGUGAGCUGACGGAGCUGGACAUCUACCACCGUAUCCUCCGCUUCCAGAACUACAUGGUGGCGCUGGUGAACAAAUCCCUCCUGCCCCUGCGCUUCCGCCUGCCUGUCCUCGGGGAAGUCGUCUUCUUCACCCGUGGCCUCAAGUACAACUUUGAGUUAAUCCUCUUCUGGGGGCCCGGCUCCCUCUUUCUCAACGAAUGGAGCCUCAAGCCUGAGUAUAAGCGCGGGGGGCAGCGGCUCGAGCUGGCCCAGCGCCUCAGCAACCGCAUCCUGUGGAUUGGCAUCGCCAACUUCCUGCUGUGCCCCCUCAUCCUCAUCUGGCAGAUCCUCUACGCCUUCUUCAGCUAUACUGAGGUGCUGAAGCGGGAGCCCGGCGCCCUGGGUGCCCGCUGCUGGUCCCUGUAUGGCCGUUGCUACCUCCGCCACUUCAACGAGCUGGAGCACGAGCUGCAGUCCCGCCUCAACCGCGGCUACAAACCCGCAUCCAAGUACAUGAAUUGCUUCUUGUCACCUCUGCUGACGCUGCUGGCCAAGAACGGCGCCUUCUUCGCCGGCUCCAUCCUGGCCGUGCUCAUCGCUCUCACCAUCUACGACGAAGAUGUAUUGGCCGUGGAGCACGUCUUGACCACCGUCACACUCCUGGGGGUCACUGUGACCGUGUGCAGGUCCUUCAUCCCAGACCAGCACAUGGUGUUCUGUCCUGAGCAGCUGCUCCGCGUGAUCCUCGCUCACAUCCACUACAUGCCUGACCACUGGCAGGGUAAUGCCCACCGCUCGCAGACCCGGGACGAGUUUGCCCAGCUCUUCCAGUACAAGGCAGUCUUCAUCCUGGAGGAGUUGCUGAGCCCCAUUGUCACACCCCUCAUCCUCAUCUUCUGCCUCCGCCUACGAGCUCUGGAGAUUAUCGACUUCUUCCGCAAUUUCACUGUGGAGGUUGUUGGCGUUGGUGAUACCUGUUCCUUUGCUCAAAUGGAUGUUCGCCAACAUGGGCAUCCCCAGUGGCUGUCGGGUGGGCAGACAGAGGCCUCAGUGUACCAGCAAGCUGAAGAUGGAAAGACAGAGCUGUCACUCAUGCACUUUGCCAUCACAAACCCUGGCUGGCAGCCACCACGUGAGAGCACAGCCUUCCUGGGCUUCCUCAAGGAGCAGGUGCAGCGUGACGGAGCAGCUGCCAGCCUCGCCCAAGGAGGUCUGCUCCCCGAAAAUGCCCUCUUCACAUCCAUCCAGUCCUUACAGUCUGAGUCUGAGCCUCUCAGCCUCAUUGCAAAUGUGGUAGCUGGUUCAUCUUUCCGGGGCCCACCUCUGCCCAGAGACUUGCAGGCCUCCCGGCACAGGACUGAAGUGGCCUCUGCCCUGCGUUCCUUCUCCCCUCUGCAGCCUGGGCAGGUCCCCACAGGCCGGGCCCCCAGCACCAUGACAGGCUCUGGGGUGGACGCCAGGACAGCCAGCUCUGGGAGCAGUGUGUGGGAAGGACAGCUGCAGAGCCUGGUGCUGUCAGAAUAUGCGUCGACCGAGAUGAGCCUGCACGCCCUCUACAUGCACCAGCUCCACAAACAGCAGGCCCAGGCGGAACCAGAGCGGCACGUGUGGCACCGCCGGGAGAGUGAUGAGAGUGGGGAGAGCCUCCCUGACGACGGGGGGGAGGGUGCACGGGCUUCCCAGCCAAUCCCUCGUUCGGCCAGCUAUCCUUGUGCCACACCUCGGCUUGGAGCACCUGAGACCACCGCCCUGCAAGGGGGCUUCCAGAGGCGCUAUGGAGGUAUCACAGAUCCUGGCACAAUACCCCGGGCUCCCUCCCACUUCUCCCGACUGCCCCUUGGAGGAUGGGCUGAAGACGGGCAGUCAGCAUCAAGGCAUCCAGAACCUGUGCCCGAGGAGGACUCGGAGGAUGAGCUUCCCCCUCAGGUGCACAAGGUGUAGACCAGGCUGAGGAGGAUCCCUGUAUCCCAGGAUGGAGGCCACUGUUGCCCUGCCAUCCCAUCCGUCCGCCAUGGGGGGCUCCUCUGAGUGUUGCUGGCUCCACGUGUGUGGUGUUUGUGUGUUCGUGCCUGGCCAAGGGAGGUGCCAACGCUGGCCUUGCCACAGCCCCAGCAAAGGAAUUUGGGGCGUAGGAAUUAGGAGCACACAGGACUCUAGCCUCAUCCCCACCCGGCCCCCCCUUGGCUCAGAGUGUGGUGCUAGAAACUGGUCCCCAAGCCCAGCCCCAGUACUGCCACCUUUACACCUACCCCUGCAAGU